AAGCCAAAUGGCUGUCGACACAGGUUGAAAAUUGUCGCUACGACAAAAUGACUUCCAGUGUGAGGUUGGCGAAAAUUACUAGAGAAUCCCUAGAAUACGAGCAGACAGAAUAUCCUUUGGUAAAAACGCCAGGCGAUGCGGAUGACAACGCGUUUAUCAUCCCAGUGGUUCACGAUUUGUCACUUUAUGGCGGGGAUAUUUUUUACAAUAGAACACUACAGUAAUAAUUACAGUAGUGUCAACAUGAUCUCUCCAUCAUACAUCACGUUUUUGACGGGCAACCCCGUGGCGGCUCACAUAUACUUAAGCACGCUCGGAGGUCUACUCUAGUAAGAACUUGUUGAAGACCCCGAACAACUACAGUACCACCAGUAGGCGUAGAACUAUGCCGGUCAUAAUCAUGGCCGAAUGACUUGAGGGGUUCCGCUCCUGCAACCUCUAAUCACCACGUCGCAAACUUUUCCAUCACUGGCAGAUCAACAAGCUGUUGGAGUUGGUCCUUCGACCCCAGUUCAACAACAUCUUUGGCGAUGGGGAAUCAGUCCUGCUCACGGAGAGAGAACUUGAUCGACAAGCAGAGCUCUAUGCGCCUGGCGAAGAGAGCUUUGACCAGGCAGGGAGAAGGUACUUUUUACCUAAAAAGAUGAUUUCUACUUUAAAAAUGAUGACGCUUCAUAUUUAUCAUGAUAUGUACUGUUCCUCAUUUCCAACAUCAUUUCUACUCGAAAUCGCCCACCUAGACGCACAUUUACAAGAACUAGUAGUUGUCUCCUAUACCACAGAACACGCGUAAUCAAAAAAAUCCACCACCAUCACCCCCAGACGACGUAGACGUGGCGCGGCAGCUUCGGAAUCUCGUUGGUACUCUUUUCUGAGUGGUUGCUCGUAUUUUGUUGGGCACCUUGCGGGUAUCUUCAGCGACGACUGGCAAGCUGCUUGUAAUCGAGGUGGCGACGCUUUCAACAACCGGUCUCAGUGGGUUUUGUAUCUUAUGGCUUUGAGUUUGACUAGUACUAGGAGAACUUACAUACUUAACUUGAACUAACGUAAGAACUACCAGAAGUAGUGAGCCGUUCCUGUGUUUCCGAGGACCCCACUGGUAGUUAUAAGCUACCCUUGGCCGCCUUGCUGCGCACUAACAUCACUCGAACUAACACAUUCUCACUAAGUAAAGUCAGAUUUCCAAACCCACUAGAGAUGUAAGUAAGCCAUUCCCCUUCCCGAAUAGAAAACUCUAACUCCCAAGCCGAGAGGGAACUGCAAAGGGAGCGCGAUAUUGACCGGGAAAAGAAGUUUCUGCGAAAAUUCGCCUACCCGCUCUCAGCAUUGCAUGACCUAAGUCAGCAACUGACGUGGAUGUUGCGCAGUUUCCCUUCACUACUGGGAUAUUUUGGAGUCAUUGGUACUACUUAUUGCGGAGGAUCUUCUUCCACAUUUCGUACAACUCGUAGUACAUGAUGUUGGAAUAACCCUUUGUGUGGUAGUUAGUGCGUAAUCUUCAUCAUCUACAUCUGUACUCCUGUUCCCAAACCCAGGAACCGGCGCCGAAGGCGAAGACGAGCUGAUUGGUGACGAC